AUGGCCACCACAGCCACUUCCGCCUACCAUGUGGCGCAGUUAAUAGAUAAAAUGAUGUCGGUCGACAAGGACUAUCGCUUCAUGGCUGUUAAUGAUUUAAUGAGGGAACUGCAGACGAACAAUAUGAGACUUGAUGACGACUCUGAAAAGAAGGUUGUGCGGAUGCUCAUCCGGCUUCUGGACGACAACAAUGGCGAAGUGCAGAAUUUGGCUGUGAAAUGUCUUGGUACUGUCACACAGAGAGUUAAGGAGGCCCAGGCGGAAACUUUGGUAGAUGCUCUAUGCUCAAUGAUGGUAGCAGGAUCAGAAUCGCUGCGUGACGUUAGCUCUAUCGCGCUUAAAACUGUGGUUGGACAUUUACCAGUGGCGAACACUGUGUUUGUAACAAAUUUGAUGAAGCGAUUGGUACCGAAAUUGAAUGCUGCUUUAGAGCAAACAAAGCCUAAUGACUCAGUUCGCCUGGAGGUGGUCGAUGUGAUUGGAGAUGUUCUCACACGCUUUGGCUCUCUCAUCGCACCCGUUCAUAGAGAGGUUCGUUCAUCUUUUAUUAAUGUUCCAUCUUCGUUUUACCAGUUUCUGCAUACUCAGAAGAUCCUGCUUGACCAGCUUCUACUUGAGCGACCUGCCCUGAAAAAGAAGUCCACGCUCGCUCUAAGCGCAAUGAUGGCUGUUGUCCCUAAAAUCAUUGAGCAAGUAGAAGCUGCCGAUGAUGAUGAACUCAAGGAAGCCUUGUUGCAGUCUUUGGAGACCUUUUUGUAUAGAUGUCCGAGAGAAAUGGCAGCUUAUCAGGAUCAGGUGCUCAGGAUUGUCACGACCGACCUUACAUAUGAUCCCAAUUACUCAUAUUCCGAUGAUGAAGAGGAGCAGUCAAUGGAAAUUGGGGACGGUGAUACUGAUGAAGACGAUGCGGAGGAUUACUCGGAUGAUGACGAUAUGAGCUGGAAAGUGCGCCGUGCUUCAGCAAAGACAAUCGAGGCAAUGAUUGUUUCACGACGUGAUCAGCUUUCGAUGUCCGUCCAAACUUUGGGCCCGCUGCUGAUCUCGCGUUUGCGAGAAAGAGAAGAAAAUGUGAGGAUUGAUAUCUACAACGCCUACAUCGCAAUCCUUUCUCAGGCUCGUCUCGUCGUGCCAAACGCUCUUGCUGCUCUUCACAAAGAUGAUACCGAAGAACCGAUCAAAAUUGGAACAACCCUCUUCUCUCCAUCUGCAUUAUCCGGAGAGCAGCAACAACUACUUGAAGCCAUUGCAGCACAAUCGGAGCCUUUGUUGAAGGUGUGCACAUUUGUGGAAGUGACCUUUGCUUUUUGCUAUUGGCAUUGCAUCGUUCAGGCUGUAAUGAAGCAGCUGAGGUUGAAAUCACCGAAAACUCGUAGCCUUUGCUUUGAUUUACUGGCUAACUUUGUUAGGACUUUACCGGGAUCCUUGGCAUCGUACCUUCCAAGUUUGCUGCCCGGUUUGUCGAAUGCUGUGCUGGACCGCAGCAGUGGUGCUCCUAUGAAAAUUGAUGCCCUUUCAUUACUCGCUCGGGUUAUUAAAUGUCAUGACAAUAAUGUAUUUGCUCCUCACCUCGAAAGCAUUGUUCAGUUGACUGUGGGUGCCAUUCAAGACAGUUUCUACAAGGUAUCAGCUGAGGGUCUGAGCGUAGCGUCGCUUCUCGUUCCAGUCAUUCGCGAUUGCGGCAGUGGUAAUCUAGUGCCCACUCUGUACAAUGCUAUUUUUGAGAAAUUGAAAAUCAACGACAUUGAUCAGGAAGUGAAAGAACGUGCUAUUUACGCAGCUGGCCUCUUCAUUGCGACUUUUGCUGAUGACAUGCCUGCGAUGGUUCCGACUACAUUGGAACUUAUGAUGGAGCGUCUUCGUAACGAAAUGACACGCCUUUACGCUGUUCGCGCUCUUAUAAUGAUAGCUGAAAGUCGAAAUCCUCUCGUUGAUAUUUCGCCAAUUGUGCCAUUCCUUCUACCGACGUUUACUGAGUUUCUUAAGAAGAAUUCUCGUGCUCUCAGGAUUGGUACCUUACAUCUGAUUGAAGCACUACUUUUGCGAGGUGACAUAUCUGUGUUGGACUCAGAGGAUUUGACGCUGUUGAGCAGCCUUUUUCGCCUAACACUUCGAUCUAAAAUUGGUUUACAAGCAUAUCCCGAUCGCGUUGCACCGCAGCUGGGAGCCAUACUUUCAUCUGUCAUUCACCUUUCGCAGUCAGCAUUGUUGCAGGGCGCCACUCUGCAGGCAUCUCUUGACAUGAUUCAAACUCUAGUUUCCAAUCCAGUGCCAGGAAAGCCAGAGUUCGAGGAAUUGCUUGAUCAGCUCACGGCUCCUAUCUAUGAUGUUCCGAAUUUAUCUAGACAGGCUUUCCAAUCAAUCUCUGCCGCAACCGGUGUCGUUGCUGCAGCUAGCGGAGAUAUAGAAAAGGCACGAUCGUUGGCGGAAAAAUUGGCGGAUCAACUGCAAAAUGAAACUUCUACAGAUGCAAUUCGUUUAUUCAGUGUUCAUGCCCUCGGUGAAUUAGGUCGUCGCUGUCCCAAGGUCUAUGAAAAUGGCCAUCUCGAGCCUGAGAAGCUGAUUAUCCCUGCAUUCAACUCCAGCUCAGAAGAUUUGAAGGCAGCAGCUGCUCAAGCGCUUGGAGCUCUUGCAGUUGGUAACCAUGCACGCUUCUUGCCCUUCAUAUUAAAUGAAAUUCAAACGCAGCCAAAGAGACAGUACCUACUUCUACAUGCUCUCAAAGAGGUAAUCGGCCAUGAGUCAACAAAUAUCGUACCUAUCGAAGUGUUCCGUUCUCGCAUCAGUGAGAUUUGGCCAGUGCUUGUGGACCACGCAGAUGGGAACGAGGAAGGAACCAGAAAUGUUGUUGCUGAGUGUCUGGGCAAGUUGAGCGUGAUUGAUCCUCAUGGCCUUCUGCCGGAAUUGAAGAGCUUGGUGACUUCUCCGUCUGCUCGAGUGCGUUCUGCCGCAGUAACCGCAGUGAAGUACAUGAUUUCGGACGAAAAGAGACCUGUUGAUGCUGUUCUCCAACAAUGCAUUGGCGAAUUCCUGCAGACAAUGACUGAUUCCGAUCUCAAUGUUCGUCGUGUCGCGCUUGUGGUUUUGAAUUCGGCUGCUCACAAUAAGCCAUCAUUGAUUCGCAAUCUUCUGGAUGUUUUGCUGCCGUCUGUCUAUUCGGAAACUCAAGUGCGAAAAGAGUUGAUUCGAGAAGUCGAAAUGGGACCAUUCAAGCACCAGGUUGAUGAUGGUUUGGAUCUUCGCAAGUCCGCUUUUGAGUGUAUGUACACGUUAUUGGAAAGUUGCCUGGAGAAAUUGGAGAUCUUCGAAUUCAUCAAUUACGUUGAAAAUGGGUUGAGGGAUAUGCAUCAUGACAUCCGUCUCUUGAGCUACCUUAUGCUAAUGAAGCUAGCGAUGCUCUGUCCGAGCCAGCUCGUUCAACGCUUGGACAAGAUUUGCGAAUCAUUGAAGACUCAAUUGCAAACGAAACCGAAAUCCAAUGCCGUCAAGCAAGAAAUCGACAAGCAAGAUGAACUCAAACGAGCCGUCAUUCGGGUGGUUCUUGCUCUUCAGAAAAUCCCUGAUGCAGAACGCCACCAGCAACUGGUCGAUGUUGCGGCCAUGAUGCGAUCCUCAGCUGAGCUUCGAGCCCUCACCGAAGUCGUUCAACGAGAUGCUAUGAGGACUUUUGCAGUUGGAGAUGUUCCUAUGGAUACUAUCUAA